ACUGAGGUUGCUGAGUGAGGUACACGUACGGUGCAUCCUCUGCCUUACAUCUUUGACUGAGUUUCAGGUAGAGACGAGAGUGCAAAAUGUCCCUGGACAGCAUAGCUGCACCGGGCCCUGUGAGCCUGGGUGCAGGAGUCCCUUCUCCAGCUGCUGUACUUCCUGAGCUCCAUGAUCCUGCCAGUCAACACCUUAAUAGGAAACGAAGAAUGAACUACAUUUCCAACCUUCUCGACUCAGAUGGUAACUUGCAGAACGAGAUGCUGGCGUUUGCCUUCGCGGCCACCAUGUUGUCCACCAUCCCAAUCCUCCUGGGCAAUGAAUUUGAUGUCAACGAUGGCCUCAGGAAGAAGAGACAAGUCGGACCUUACCAAGAAUCCGACGACCCAGAUAUCAGCUCAUAUUCGUAUUACACUCCAUCACCAGAAGACUCCAAGAUGCAGCCACUUUUCUCUGGAUACACCUAUAAGACAAUCAUGACAUCUCCACCCGGCACUGACUAUUUCCACAUCCACAAUGGUUCUGUAUUGACGCCUGGUGUUAAUUCAAACGUUAUAGCAGCUUCGGAGCAGGAAACCAGAGUUACUAACGCCUCCUUGGGUGAGCUCAUCAAUGAAGUCUUACAAUGGUCACAUGAGAAGGUAAAGAAUAAGCCGCUCCUGCCAAUGCUAAUUAACCUCGCUCUAGAUAAAUAUUCCGGAAACCUAAACCCUGCCGACAAACUUGUUAGAACCGCGUACAAGAAAUGGAAAAACUACGGAUAAUGAAAUUUAGUGGUAUAUAGUGAACCUAUAUAGUGCUCAGUCAUUAAUCGAUUGCCGCUUCUUUCUCCCUAAAAAAAAUAAAUACAGAAAAAUAAUCAGGGGGCUUUAAAGUGACAAGGACUUGGAUACAAUAACGAGAAAAGAUAUAUUAGGAUGUAAAUCCACAAACUAUAUAAUCAAGGGGAAUGGAACAAGGGAUGUGUGCAUUCUUCUCAACACUUUAGUCUUCACGUCAUCCACCUUCAUCCAUGAUAGGUGUCUCAUACUCUGUUACACCUUGACAUACAGUUGGCAGUCAUCCACCUUCACAUAUGACAGCUGUCUCAUGCUCUUUCUCACAGAUGAGUCACCAAUAAAGCUUACACUAAAAGUUUGUAUGUGUAGUAAUUAACUAACAAUAAAAUGAUUUCUUCUUAAUAAGAUUCCAAAACAGGAGCUUCAUAUACAACAUUGUGAUAAAUAACUGCGCUGAUUGAGUACUUCCUCCUGUGUUAAUCUUGGUCCCAAUGUUAUCAUAAUUUCCACUUAUCAUUUACCUUCAUUACCCUUUCAUUUUGCAUGUCAUUGUCACCAGAAACCAAAUAAAACACCUUACUGAACUUCUCAGGUCAAAUUUUGGGCAUUGAAUAAAUAUAAACCCGUACAUGA